GCCACCCGCCCGGCAGCCAACUUGGGGCCGAAACUUUUUCGGGUCCCGCGCUCCCGAGGAGAGCGCGCAGCCCAGCGACGACAGACGGCCGCGGCCCGAGCCGGGCGCCCAGGGCCCAGGGCCUCCCUCCGGCUCGGCCGCGGGCUCCGCUCCCCGAUUGCCCCCCGCCCGCUGAGCUCGGGGGUCCCGGACGCCGAGCAGGGAGCCCCCCCCCAACGCCGCCGGCGGCAGCAGGGUACACGGACCCGAGACCCAGGACCGCCCGGGGAGGAGGGGCGUUCCUCCGGGCCCGCGGAGGCUGCCCCCGCAUCUGGGGGACCAAGCAGACGCGCGGGCGGGACUCCCGGAGCGGAGCGCCCUGGUCCGCGCCGCCAGCCCCGCGCCAGGCGGCGGAUGAAGAGUCCAGUGCCGGGGCCCAAGCCCGCUCGCUGAGAGGAGCAGGCAGGGUCUGCACCGGGCGCCCCCGGCGGGGCAGGGCCCCCCGACCGCGAGCCGCCGCGCCCGGCCGACCCAGCGCAGCCGGGCGCUGGAAGAGCCGGGCCGAGCGGAGCGGCGAGCCGGAGCCCGCGGGCCUGCCGGGCGGCGGGACAUGCAGUGUUCACUGGACCUGACACAUGAGGCCUUGACUUGCUCCCGUUGACUGCCAUAACUCUGGCCCUCAGAGCACUCACUGCCACAGACGAGGCCCCCAGUGCACAUCUGAUGAACGGCUUUAAUGAAUAAACAAAUAAUGGACUGAAGAAGUAGGGCAGAGCUGAUGUCUGCCCAGCUCCUCCUGGGCCUCUGCAGGGAGCCCCAUUUCAGAAGCCAACCGCCCCCGGGGUCUUCCCAGGGCACUGGGGAGGGCCGAGGCCCAGGCCCACCAUGCCCAGCCUGUUGCUGCUCGCUGCUGCUCUGCUGUCCAGCUGGGCCCAGCUUCCGGCUGAAGCCAGCUCCUGGUGGUCAUUAGCUCUGAACCCGGUGCAGAGACCUGAGAUGUUUAUCAUCGGUGCCCAGCCCGUGUGCAGCCAGCUUCCUGGGCUCUCCCCUGGCCAGAGGAAGCUGUGCCAACUGUACCAGGAGCACAUGGCCUACAUCGGGGAGGGAGCCAAGACAGGCAUCAAGGAGUGCCAGUACCAAUUUCGCCAGCGGCGGUGGAACUGUAGCACAGUGGACAACGCAUCCGUCUUUGGGAGAGUCAUGCAGAUAGGGAGCCGGGAGACCGCCUUCACCUACGCAGUGAGCGCCGCGGGGGUGGUGAAUGCCAUCAGCCGGGCUUGCAGGGAGGGCGAGCUCUCCACGUGCGGCUGCAGCCGGACAGCGAGGCCCAAGGACCUUCCCCGGGACUGGCUGUGGGGUGGCUGCGGGGACAAUGUGGAGUACGGCUACCGCUUUGCCAAGGAAUUCGUGGAUGCCCGUGAGCGGGAGAAGAACUUCGCCAAGGGGUCGGAGGAGCAGGGUCGGGUGCUCAUGAACCUGCAGAACAACGAGGCGGGGCGGAGGGCUGUGUACAAGAUGGCAGACGUGGCCUGCAAAUGCCACGGCGUCUCGGGCUCCUGCAGCCUCAAGACGUGCUGGCUACAGCUGGCCGAGUUCCGAAAGGUGGGGGACCAGCUGAAGGAGAAGUACGACAGCGCGGCCGCCAUGCGCAUCACCCGCAAAGGCAAGCUGGAGCUGGUCAACAGCCGCUUCAACCAGCCCACCCCGGAGGACCUGGUCUACGUGGACCCCAGCCCGGACUACUGCCUGCGCAACGAGACCACGGGCUCGCUGGGCACGCAGGGCCGCCUAUGCAACAAGACGUCAGAGGGCAUGGACGGCUGCGAGCUCAUGUGCUGCGGCCGCGGCUACGACCAGUUCAAGAGCGUGCAGACGGAGCGCUGCCACUGCAAGUUCCACUGGUGCUGCUACGUCAAGUGCAAGAAGUGCACGGAGGUCGUCGACCAGUACGUCUGUAAAUAGCCGGCGGGGGUGCUCUUCCGGCCGCUUCGCCAAUCUGCCUCACAAAGUUUAUAUUAUAUAAAUCUAUAUAAAUCUAUUUUAUAUUUGUAUAAAUAAAGGGAUGGAUGUUAAAUAAUUAAGAGAAGAAAAUGGAAAGGAGAAGCUUAUUUAAGAGACGCUGGAGGUGUUUGAGGAUUGCGCUGUGCUUGGUUCUCUACUCCCAGUGGGUGUGGGGGCGGGGGCUCUCCCCCCGCUCCCUCUUGCGGGGACUCUCAGGAUGUAGGGACAUGGGACUAGUCGCUGUCUAUCCACCAUGGCCUUGUGGAAACAAGUGGCGGUUGGAUGGAGAAGAUGAUUUUGUCUGGAAGUCUGGAGCCUUUGCCGGCUGGAUGACCACCCUGUGACCCCUGUCACUGGGCCAGGAGACCCUGUGCAAGGCGGCAGGAACUCUGCUUACACCUCCCAUCUUCAGGGUCUUGUCCGGAAUACUGACUGGUUCCGGAAGAGGGCAGGUGUUUUCUUACCCUUUCACUCGGGCAUGUCCUGGCAGAAUCCACAUUAACGGGAAUGAGCCGAGGUCUGAUGUCGUCCCUGACAGGUGACCACAGUGGGACCUGCACCUCCGCAGACUCCCAGGCCUGUCUGUCUAGCGAGAAUCACCCACCCUCCACAGUUCACGAGGUCCUGCCACCGGUUCCCACACCGAGGGGAAAGGGGGUGGAUUGGCCUGACAUGUUGGGAGAGAGAUGAACUGAAUGUUUGUGCCUGAGCCGCAGAGAGCCAGGAGUGUAACUGGACCGAGCAAAUGUUGCACCGUGCUCCCACAGGGAAAGGAAACGGGAUGCUGCUGCUGUCACUUCCUCCACCCCAGGGGAGGCCCCCUGAGCGACAGGAUGUGUGGCCAGGUCAGGCUCGGCUGGCCUCGCAUGCUGUUUUCAUCUCUGCCCCAGAUGUACAGUUUCUCUCUGACAUUAAAGACCCUUCACUGGA